AAGAUAUGUAUUGUCUUAGAUCAACUCUGCCCAAGUGUGAGUCUUUCUUAAAUUUCAUUACCAAAACCAUUAGUGUAAUAGCCUCGCCGAGAAUAAGUUGUUUUACAUUAGUUUUCCUAGUCCAAUGACAGAAAGCUCAAAUGGGGUGGUCAUUCUGAUCACUCUGUUGAAUAUCUUGGUUUAUAAGCUACAGAAACUCAAAGAAGCACAGCGAGGCAAUGGCCUACAACUGUCAGCACGACAAUCAUGUCGUCGUUUCUCACUUAGAGACAUUCAGUGGGCAACAAACAACUUCCAUGAGGAACUGGUGAUCGGAAAAGGUGGAUUUGGGAAUGUUUACAAAGGGAUCAUAGACUUUGGAGAGAGCCAAGUUGCUAUAAAGCGCUUGGGGACCAGGUCCAGGCAAGGAAUCAAGGAAUUUCACACAGAGAUUGAGAUGCUGUCCAAGUUUCGACACGGCCACUUGGUCUCUCUCAUUGGUUAUUGUGAUGAUUGUGAGGAGAUGAUCCUAGUGUAUGAUUAUAUGCCCCGUGGAACCCUGGCUGAUCAUCUGCAUAAAAGGGUCAAACAUGGUGAUCUUUCUUUGCCUUGUUUGUCGUGGGUGCAGCGCCUCAAGAUUUGCAUUGGGGCGGCUCAUGGAUUAGACUAUCUUCACACUGGUACAAGUACUGAGAGUAGAGUUAUACACAGAGAUGUCAAGACGACAAACAUUCUGCUUGAUGACAAUUUUGCAGCUAAAAUUUCGGACUUUGGAUUGUCCAAAACAGGCCCAACAAAUCAAACACACACUUAUGUAAGCACCCGUGUUAAAGGCACAUUUGGUUAUCUAGAUCCCUUCUAUGUCUCGACACACAGAUUGACCAGGAAAUCUGACGUCUAUUCAUUUGGUGUGGUGUUGUUUGAGGUCUUGUGCGGAAGACCAGCUGUUGAUAAGAGUCUGGAUGAAGAGCAAAUCAAUUUAGCUGGAUGGGCACAACACUGCUUCAAAGAGAGACUCUUGGACCAGAUAACUGAUCCUAAAAUCAGGCAGGACAUUUCCUCUGAUUCAUUAAAUGCCUACGUUGAUGUUGCGAUCAGGUGUUUAUGCAAUCAACCUAAGCUCCGUCCUAGUAUGGCUGAGGUUGUGGUUGGGCUUGAAACUGCACUGACAUUGCAGGAAAAGAGUGAUCACUAUACUUUAGUUGAGAUAUCGCCUACUGAUUUUAGCCAACAAUAUGAAGAUGGUUCAACCUUUAAGGUGAAAAAUACUAAUCACAAUCGCCAAUAUGAAAAUACAGGAGACGGUAGUGUCAAACCUAUUAAUGGUUGGAGAGGCAGGAACCAGUUAUAUGCUAGAAUGAAUUUCACAAAACGGGCAAGUGGUCUACUCUCAAUUACAGCUCGGGCAUUCUCAGUAAAUAAAGAUGCAAAGACAUCGAAAUACUAUAAUGGUGCACAGGAAGUUACUAGCAAUAAGUCGCAGGCCGCUGAUCCUCCGAACUUCUUACCACUAGAUCCAUCAGUGAAUCCAACACCUCCGAGCCAUGAAGUUCUGCAGCCAUCAAGUUUGAAGAUUUUUACAUUCAAUGAUCUUAGUGUAGCUACCAGGAAGUUCCAUCGUGACAAUAUAUUAGGGGAAGGUGGUUUUGGUUGUGUUUAUAAGGGUUGGGUUGAUAAGAACACAUUUGGUGCUGCUGAAUGGGGCACUGGCCUAGCUAUUGCAGUAAAGAAGUUAGGUCGAAAGGCGAUUCAAGGCCACCAGGAGUGGUCUGCAGAAGUCAAAUAUCUGGGGAGACUUUCUCAUCCUAAUCUUGUGAAAUUGAUCGGGUACUGCUCAGAAGAGGAGCAUCGGCUUAUAGUAUAUGAGUUCAUGCCACAUGGCAGCUUGGAUAAGCAUAUAUACAGGGGAGAUCCUUCAUGUCAACCGCUGUCUUGGAAUCUUCGUAUAAGUGCUGCUCUUGAUGUAGCAAAGGCUCUUGCUUAUCUUCAUAGUCCAGAAGCAAAUGUGAUUUUUCGUGAUCCCAAAACAUCUAAUAUAGUGAUGGAUUAUAAUUACAAGGCGAAGCUCACUGAUUUCGGGUCGGCAAGAGAUGGACCAGAAAAUGAAAGUACCCAUGUGAGCACGAGAGUUAUGGGAACAUAUGGUUAUGCAGCCCCGGAAUAUAUGGCUACAGGUCUGCUAACAAAGAAAAGUGAUGUCUAUACCUUUGGAGUUGUUCUCCUAGAAAUUUUGACAGGACGAAGAGCACAUGACACUACACUUCCAACAAAGGAACAAAACCUUGUUCAUUGGGCUUCACCUUACCUUACCAGCAAGCAUAAGAUUUUACGUGUCAUGGACGCAGACAUGAAAGGCCAAUGUACAACCGGAGCAGCUCUCAAGCUUUCUUCCCUGGCGCUUAAAUGCCUCUCUCAAGAUCCUAAAUUAAGACCUGACACAAAUGAGGUGGUAAUAGCAUUAGAGAAGCUUCAAUGAUAUCAAAAAUUUAGAAAAAAUCAGCAGUCAAGCCCCCCAGAAGGCCUGUGAAUAAGAGGGAAUUUUCUAAGUACUCUGGUAGUAACAUAACUACGUAGCUGGAGGAUUGUCCGAAUCUUUUUGCAAAUUUGAAAAAUCAAAAUAUUUUGUUUAAAUUUAUUUAACAAUUCGUCAAUAACAUAGAUUAUAGAUGGCAUGCAGGAGAUGUCCAACAUGUACUUCAAUAGGUAUUAUUGUGUGAAUUGAAUUAAUAAAAUUUCUCUUUUUGUGAUAAAAA